AUGUCGUCUUCGGAGAGACGCCGGAGCCAGCGCCAAACGAUGGAUGUCAAGGUCUUGUACACGCUGGACACAAGUCCACACACAAUGAUUGCGCGUGCGGGACAUCGCGUGUCAGUUCGGAUUGCGCGAAAGCAGGGAACAAAUGUGCUUUUGGGCCGCGUACUGCUCAAGACAUGUUUGAACGCCAUUUGUCUCGCGAGCCCGGAGCUAUUACUCGACAAAAAUAGGGACUAUAUCGUGUACGCUGUGGAUCCUGAAGAGUCUGAUGCAUCUCAUGCUUCAGUGGCAAGCCCACAGAAAUACGCACCUGUGUUUGUCGGCAAGGGAUUUUUCAGUGGCGGCAUUACUGAGCCGGGUGACGGCACUUCUUUCGUGACCGGCCAGGUCCGCUUAGAGUCGCGCACAAGUUCAGCCUUCAGCUCAGACGAAGAAGAAACGCCUGCCAAAUCGACGCAGUUUCUUGAAAUUGUGUUGCGCAUGAAAGAGGCAUCGCACCUUGGGCGCGAGCAAUACCAAAGCAGACUUCGCGGACUUGCUGCACCGCCUGUCCCAGCGCCAUCCACGCCUGUCCUAUCCGAGCCGAGCAUUCCACCAAAGCCUGCAUCUACUCCCUCGGCACAAGUGCUGCAAGUGUUACAGGCUAUGCAGGCUCACAAGGGUGGCUUGUCGCAAGAUCAGCAGUCACACUUGAUGGGGCUGUUGGAUAUGGUCGCAGGUGCCGUACAAUGUGGUGCCUUACCCACUUCUGCUGGCGCAGAGACGCCACGGCCGCCGUCCAACACACGUACCGAGCCCAAGGCAGCUCCUCGAGCGAGCCGACCUGGCUUGCGUGAUACCCGUGCUGAAAUGCCACGCAUAUGCUACAACUGCGGUACCACCAACGCCACGACAUGGCGUAUUCUAACAUUACCGUCUGGCGUCACCAUUAACCACCCUGCCAGCGAACGACCGCCAUCGGAUGCCGUCCCGUUAACAUGGACGCCACAGUAUCCGAACUCGGGGCCGAUUCAGACACACAGUGAGGCGCGUUGGCAGGCGUGUAAUCCAUGUGGCUUGUACUUUGCUAAGUAUGGCGUAGCACGCCCCGAAUAUGUACGCAACUUUGUGGCACGUCCGUCCAAGGACGACAAGAAGCGCGAAAGUACGUCUCUAGCGACGGGCAGGUCCAUGGACCGCAUUAAGCGCGAACGCUCGCAAACGUCACCCGGCAGCACACGCGUAGGCUUUUCGCGAACUCUGAGUACAGUGGCGAAUCGUGACGCAGAGCGUUUACAAAAGCGACAGCGACAACAUAUGCACGAUGAAAACUUGCCGCCCACCUCACCAGACGCGGCCAUGCCAGUAUCAUACCCGACCGUCAAGAGCCCUGCUCACAGCGCCUCUAUGCGCCAUGCGUUGCAAGCCAGUCCGUCAUCCUCCGCCUUCGGCAUACCGUCAUCGCUCAUGAACUCGAGCCCGAGCACUAUGUUGAAUACAUUGAUGUCGGCACCAGGCCUUCCACCUACACCGAGACGCACUCGGCCAGAGCCGGCAUCUAGUCCUGUGCGUCGCAGUCCGCGAAAGCAGCCGCCUGGGACCAUGGCCGAUGUGAAUCCGUACGCAUCUGCGGCCCAGCGAUCUGCCUCGUCACCUGCACCCAAGCGGGCUGCUGGCACAGCCCGCGACGCCCUGACAUCGCCUGCGGACCGAACGCACGUUUUGCCGACCUUGAAUCCAUUCAUGGGUUUGAGCACGCUGGACGAUGACAUGGAUCCAUUAGGAUGUCCACCGAGCCCCACGGAAGGACGGACGUCGCGAGCGAAGCCUGCACCCAAGCGUGAUAUUCGCACGCCCAGCCGCAUGCCCAGAGAUCAGACAUGGCCGACGAGUCCGACACUGGCCUUGUCUGAACCAUUUCGUAUUCACGAGCCCAUCAAGGACCUGUUUCCUGACAAUGCUCAAGGCCACUGGAUGGCCGACUGGGGCUCGGGAUCCACCCAUGCGCUAUCUCCCCAUCAUGCAGCCACGGAACAGCCUGCGCCCGACGCUGCUGUGCAUGACAAAACCGAGACCUCGCUCGUGACUCACGCGCCGCGCCGACCCAUGCCGACGACGGUGGAAGAUGCAUCCUCGUCCCAGUCAGGCUCGCCACCAGCCACUUCACCUGAUCUGGACGACUCGCUCGUGGAUCUGAUUGAAGAUCCGUAUGGACUUUUAUCAGCAUGUGGGCUCGGCAUGAUGCAGCAGCCAAACCAAGGCACCCAGGGCAUCGUGAUGAAUCCAUCUGGAGUGGGUGGCUUUAGCGCCGAUGCGUUCAACCAAAUUGAGAUACACAACUCCCCCUCCUUUACACAGCAGCUCGAUGCUUUCACGCAGAGCGGCCACCUCGGCAUCGCGGCACAUAUGAAUGAGCCACAGGGCGUGUCUGUCUUACCCGCAGCGGAAGUGCGUUCGUUCGGACACGCGAACAAGUCUGCGCCCACGGCUCUCGAAUCGUUCCUUGAUGAUCCAACGGUCCAGUCGAUGCUCAACAACUUGAACGAGUCCACGGCGCCGAUCAAGCAGGGAAAACGCGAAUUGUCUACUGGAUAA